AUGGUGUCAUCUCGUCAAGGGCGCAAGUUCUCUGCCUCCGUCUGUCCACAGUUGCCAACGUAUGUGAGGCUUCUAGAGUCACUUCAACUGACAUUACAAUCCUCAACUCGUGACAGGAAGCACCCGCUUUUCAUUCUCCACGUGCAGUGUCGCAAUAAUUCUAGUACCGCAGGUGCAUGGUGGAGCCUUCCCCUUCCAUUUGAAGCAUUUGAGAUGCUACACCAUCAACUGACACUGGGUUUGCAGCACGGCCACUUUUGUAGCGCCGGCUGUCCAUGGCUCUUUUCGUUCCUUUCGACUGGAUUCCCUAAGAAGCACAUUUUCCAGCGGAAUUCUAGUCCCAGGAUAAUUGAAGCAAGACGACAGAAGUUGCUGCUUUUGCUGACAAGGACGCUCGACUUUUUAGUGAAUAGGCGAAAUCAUACGUGCAACAUUGUAACUACUAACGUGGUCAAGUUGUUUGCCGAGUUUUUAUACGGAAAAGAAGCCGUGGCGCAGUACGUAAGUAAGUUGGAAGCCACGUCUUUAACCAACAUCAUUCAACACUGCAGUUCGGGCGUUUUGAGUGGUGACGAGAAGUUCGGAGAUAGUAGUUUAAAUGAUAACAACGGGCAACUAAGAGAUACUAUCUGCGGAGUCUGCAGUAAACCUGUGGAUUGUCAGGUCAAUAGCAACAUCGGCUUCAAUUUUGUAAACGCCGAGAGACUCCGUGAAUCGUCAGUCUACUUAACAACGUUGCAAUGUGGUCAUCGAUUUCAUGACGAGUGCAUUGUGCCUGUAUUGAAUGAGAUGCUGAGAUGUCCGACGUGUUAUCACGUAGAGAUUCAGUGA